AUGACCCUCCGCAGCUUCUGCCUCCGCAUCUUCAAGCACUGCCCGCUGCUGGCGCCCUUUUCCGCCGAGAACCACAUGCGCGCGUUUGAAGAGUUCAUGCUAUACAAGACACGCGUUCCCGUCCGCGGCGCCAUCUUGCUGAACGAGGACAUGGACUCGACGGUGCUGGUGAAGGGCUGGAAAAAAGGCGCCAGCUGGAGUUUCCCCCGUGGCAAAAUCAACAAGGACGAGGACGACCUCGACUGCGCCAUUCGUGAGGUGUAUGAAGAGACCGGCUUCGACAUCAAAGAAGCCGGUCUGGUGCCCAAAGAUGAUGAGGUCAAAUACAUCCAGAUCUCCAUGCGCGAGCAACAGAUUCGCCUCUACGUGUUCCGCAAUAUCCCCAUGAACACAGUUUUUGAGCCCAAGACCCGCAAGGAGAUCAGCAAGGUCGAGUGGUAUAAGCUUUCGGAGCUGCCAGCCUUUAGGAAGAAGGGCAACCACGCGCAAGAUGAUGGUGCUGCCGCUGCCGCGUCAAACGCCAACAAGUUCUACAUGGUUGCCCCGUUUCUCGUGCCGCUCAAGAAAUGGGUAGUCCAACAGAAGAAGAAGGACGAGAGCCCGGCCGUCCAUCAUCUAGCCGUCCAGCCUACGGUGGAGGAACCUCUUACAGAAGAGGAGAUGGGUGGUCAAGCCGAACCAGUCGCCGCACCCUCGAACAACUUGGCGGGCAUUGAAACGCUGGAGGGUGCAACUCGGGAACUGCAACGCCUUCUCAAGGUUCAGCCGCCAACCCAGGGUGUACAAACGACUGAAACACCAGCGACAACGAACCCGACUACUUCGGCCGCCGGGAAAGGAGAGGCACUGAUGGCACUCUUACAAAAAAGCGCAGGCAUACCAUUGUCACAGAGUUCGCAGCCGCAUCAACAACCCAGCACGUACGUUCACACGCCAUCAGACUUCGCUUAUACCGGUGCCUCCGAACCACACGCUCCGCAACAGUACCACGCAGCGCAGAGACAACCCGUGGAGGGCUACCAGAAUGCACCAGUCUCCGGAUAUUACGGCCACGGUCAAGAUGUGAUGGGCAAUGCUCAACCUGCGCCACAGCACUCCGACCGCAAUCCGUUUGUGAACCCGGCACAACAGCAACGCCACGAGCCAGUGCUGUUGCACCCACAACCGCUGCCGCCGCAAGUGCAGCAGUCUGUUCUAACUCGGGGAAUUUUGCCAACUCCCGCGCUCCUAGAUGCCGCGCAUCAAGCCGGUCUAGGUGGCCAAGCCGGGCAUUACGCCCAACAGCGGGGUGGCCUACAACAACAGCAGCAGCAACAGCAGCAACAACAACAGCUCCGUCAUGGAAACCCCUAUGGUCAACAUGGGGUGCAGUACAGUCACCAAGCGCAUUCGAAUCAGCUCCAUGCCCGCGGUAACGACGCCCACGCGCCCCAACAGCAACAAGCCGCAAAGACUGCGCAGCUGACAGGCCACGCCAUGUCGCUUCUGAGUGCCUUCAAGGGCAACAACGGCCCACGUGAGAGUGGCGAACAGCACAAAUCGCGCGGAGUCACGCCACAAGAGGCCAAUUCUGCGCAGGGGAGCACCAACCAGUCCCCGUAUCAGCCCGGGCCAUGGUCCAACGCGCCCACGUCUCAAGCCGCCCAUGUGGCUGCACACUAUCUACCACAGCACGGAGGGGCACCCGCCGCCCCAGUGAAGACAUCGCCCCGUUCCGCGCAGCCGUCCGAGCCCUACCAUCCAGCACCAAAACACACGCAGCCCACGGAAAACCAUCGAACGGUAUUGUUGGACAUGUUCCGCAAGGCUGGUCCCCGAUCGCCUCUAAGUCACGAAAUCAAGUUGCCAUCUACGAAAUCGCAGCAUAGCCCAGGUUACGCAAGGAAAGACGAGCCCUCCAGCCCAUCGUACAAGGCUACUUCCACGGCCGAGCCGGCUGCUGAUCCAGGCGGUUCACCCCUAAGAGCGCACCCGGAACCGAGUUUAUCCUACCGACCCGUUCAGAUUUUAAGCCGACCGAAGCAGGGAGCGGCGGAUCAAGCGGGCAAGGUCCAAGACUACACCAGUGCGCAGGAGCAGUUACGGCGUCUUCAGCAUCGGUUUAGUCCGCUGGGCUCGUCGCGCCAGGACGCCCGAAACGCCCCCCGCCAAGGCGUCCCCUCGCCUCGCGACCGGUCGUUCUACCAACAGAUGGAGCAGCAAGAGCCCAAGCGGUCACCGCAACUCAACUAUGUUGCUGCGCAGGCUGCCAGUCUCCCAUAUGCGCCGCAACCAACGUCUAGCGCCCAAUCCGUCCCGUCGUAUCAGCAGCACCAGCAGCAACCGUAUCAGCAGCAGCAUCAUCCCCAGCAUCCCCAGCACCCGCAACAGCAAGCACCACAACGCAAGGACUCGAAUUCGGAGCAGAAGCAACUACUUCUCUCUCUCUUUAGCAAAGAGCAGCAGCAGCAGCAGCAACAGCACCAGCAAAAGCAUCAUCAACAAACAUCCUCGCCCACCACCUACGCCACCAAGGGCAAAGCCAGAGAACCCCCCGUCGGAGGCGUAUACGACCAGGCCCGGUCCCAGUCAGGAAGUGCCCCUCGCUCGCGCGUCGCAUCGUUUGCUUCCCUUGGAGGGGCGGCCGAGGGCACUGGCUCAGGCGCCGCCACAACUGGUGGUGGUAGCGGAGUUGGUAGUGCCGGUCCCCCUAUUGCCGGGAGUGCGGCGACCUCGCGCCGUGGCAGCCAGACACCUAUUUCGCCGGCGGAUCGGAGUUUCUUGUUUUCGUAUUUGGAGUCGGUGACGAAUACCGGGCGGUGA